GAUCUUCAUUAUGGCACUUGUGCUCUUGACGUCAAGCUUUUGGUGCAGGUUAACGUAGGGAGCGUUUUCAUGAUAGGACAGGGUACAAGCGAGUGAUGUCUCUCGCAGGGGGUUGUAUCGAACCUUGGGUCCUGUUGUUAAAGAAGAACAUAAAUAGAGGAGAAGAGAACUGGAUGGUUCAGUUUGUUUCUUCUCAUCAAAAUACAUUCGAGAUCCUACAAAAAUGAUAUCAAGAAUAUGGAUCAUAUGGACUUGUUCUGUUGUGAUACUUUUGCUGGUGAUUGACUGUGAUUGCAUUCGAAAGCAGACUGCGUUAUCUAAGAACUGGGGACCACAGUCAAUGCUUUACCUAAAGGGAAAACACGGAAGGCGGUUUGUUCCUGACAUUGAAGACUUUAUUUCAGAUUCAGGGUUGAAAAGCUGGUAUGCAGUUCUCAGAGGGUUUCAGAAACUGAAGUCGUUAAAUGCAAGGAAACCAUCAGAAAUAUUCACAACACAAAACUUGUAAUUCGUUGACUGAUGUAUGAUUUUUGUAUACUGUUUAUGC